AUGAAACCUGUCUCUGCAGAGCCGAUCUCCCUAGACGUGGCGUGGCACAUCUUCAAUCACAGCGAACCCCAUGUCCAGUCCAAGUUCACGCGAUGCUCGCGCGCUUGGCAUUCGUUCUUCAAUCCCAAGCUUUACCGAAGCGAUGUUAAAUCGGGGCGAAACUCCGCCAUCUUUACCACCAUUGCCAAUUGUGCAGACACGCGGAUGGGCCUCGCCACGCUCCGGCAUACCUGCCGAGCCGGCGCUGACUACAACAGACCGGCCACCAUGUAUAUGACCGAGACGUAUCGGCACAGCCCUUUCCUCGUCACGGCCCUCUAUCUGGCCGCUUCAAAAGGUUAUCCCGACAUUGUCUCGUUUCUCCUUGACCACGGUGCCGAUAUCGACGGGGCCCCGGACUGCAGGCUACGUACUCCCGUCUUCCUAUCUCUGCUAGGCGGAGACGCCGAAACGUCCAUGGUUCUCCUUCGGCGGGGCGCACGGCUUGAGUCUCCGGGAUUCGGAAUCAACGCCCUCCAUCAAGCAGCCGCCGCCGGGCUUGUCGAGGUAAUCACGUAUCUUGUCAACGAGAAGCGAAUGAGUGUGAACGAGGCCGACGACAACGGGGACACGCCACUGAUUCACUCCCUGUUGUCACCGUCGCCGGAUACAAUCAUAGGUCACCUGGCGCGGUUCGGCGUGGACGUGAACCAGCCCACGACGAUCGACACAUGGCGCAUGACGGCCCUCAGCAUGGCGUGCGAGGAUGGCAUGUUCGCCGCCGCCCUGGCACUGUUGAAGGCCGGAGCGGACGCCACGGGCGAGCUGGACACCUUGAUCGAGGGGGCCGACCCGGCGCUCCGCAUCUUUGAGCAGGACCCGCUCGAGCUGGCCCUCCUGGCCGGGGUCAGAGAGACGGCCGGCAGGACGGCCGCGGCGAAAGAAUGCCUCAUCGAUCUCCUCAUCAAGUCGGGUGCUGACCCAAACGCGACGGUGUGUAUAUCAGCCCGCAGCAACUGGACGGGGCCUCUCUUGCUGAAACUCGUACGAACGCGACGUCGCUGGGAGGCCGAGAUGUUGCUCUCUUCGGAACUCUUGGAGAUCGACAAGCGCGACUCGCAUGGCGCGACGAGUCUCGAUUGGACGCUUUCCACAUGCCACGGCAACCCCGUAAUGGCGUCGGUCUUGCUGCGGCAUGGCGCCAGGAUGGACGAUGCAGUGUUGCGCAACAUCAUCGACAAGCUGGCGCGGCUUGCGGACGCACAAGACCACCGGAGUGUGAUCGGCCUGUUGACGCGGGAACCGAAGUUGUUGAGGAUAUUCCACGUGCUGUAUUCGCACUGUUUCUGGGCAGCGUCCCGGAGUGGCGACGCUGCCGCAUCACGGUUUUUGCAAGAGUCGCCGAGGGUGAUUGUGCGACUCGUCACGGAGAUGCUGAAAGACGGUGUCAGUCUGACGAAGACGGGCGUCUUGUACAUGCUGCGGAAUGCGAAGGAGAGCCGGCCCGGGCCGGUGAUUGCAGGAGUUUUCCGAUCAGAAAGAAAGAGCACCCCGCGGAGAUGGUGUUAG